UGGGAGUGAGAGGGAGGGAGUGUCGUCAUAACGGAGUGGGAGAUCAUAACUGCAGUCAUAUCGAGGAUGCUGGUGUUGUGUGUUCUGAUGUGGUGCCAAGUGCGUGUGAGAAUUGGAAAGUUCGUCUGGUUGAUGGGUUUGACACUGAGGGACGGGUGGAAGUUUGCUUCACACACGUGGGGACAGUUCUGUGGUGACAAUUGGACAGUGAUGAUGCUAGAGUUGUCUGCAGACAGCUUGGACUCCCAACUGAAUAUGCAGUGGCAUAUUCAAAUGCAAGAUAUGGGGAGGGAGAAGGGCCAAUACUACUGGAUGACGUGGAAUGCUUUGGAUUCGAACCAUCGUUACAGCUGUGUCAGCAUAAUGGAGUGGGGAACAAUAACUGUGGCCAUUUGGAAGAUGCUGGCGUUAGUUGUUCCACUGAACGGCCCAUGUUUUGUGGAGAGGAUGAAUUCCAGUGUCCGGGUGAUGAUUUCGGCUUUCCUAGAUGUCUACCAUUCAUGUACUUGUGUGAUUCAAUUGAAGACUGUGUCGAUGGAUUUGAUGAACAAAACUGCAACACAAAGUUGAGAUGUCCAGACUUGGAAAACCCAGCCGACGGCUCUGUGGUGUAUGACGGCCUAGUUGUUGGCUCACAAGCGACAUACUCUUGCAAUGACGGAUAUAGACUGGUUGGUGGCAGUACCAGAACCUGUGAGAGUGACGGGACAUGGAGUGGAGAGUCGCCUCUCUGUAGCCUGAGCGGAAUUAUAAUCCAUGUGACACGGACAUGCGUUUGUGUGGUGAUAAUGCCGUGUGUAUGGGAUCUGAUGGCAGUUAUACUUGCACAUGUAUGGAUGGCUAUGUUGGAAAUGGUACCUAUUGUUACGGUUAACUAUGAGGCCCUCCCUCCACUGUGGUGGCACAAACUCCUCACGCCAAAUUACUUAUGUGAGGAUGGAGAAGUCCGUUUAAUAAAAAUGGUCGGUGUGAAUGAAAGGCUAGUUGAAAUAUGCUAUAACUCCACCUGGGGAUUGGUCUGUGAUGACCAGUGGGGAGCAAAUGACACUAAUGCCCAAGUUGUCUGUAAGCAAUAUUGUUUCGAGAGUGGAGAGAAAGGUAAAAUGUGUCCAAAUCUGAACGAUGGGAUAUUCUGGUUGGAUGAAGUGAAUUGUACGGGAGACGAAGGGCGUUUGGAUAACUGUACACAUAAUAACAUUGGAGAACAUGACUGCACCCUUGCUGAGGCUGUUACAGUUGUCUGUUCAACUAAGGUCUGUAAUUCUACUCCUGAAAAAGACGAAACUUGCAAAGAUAUUGAUGAAUGCGCUAUGAAUAUAUCCAACUGUAUGGAAAAUUCCAUGUGUAAAAAUACAAAAGGAAGUUACUACUGCAUGUGCAACCCUGGAUACUCCUGCGGGGAAGAUGGAAAUUGUACAGACAUAGAUGAGUGUGAAUGUGGUACGCACGACUGUGACGAAAAUGCUAUCUGUACUAAUACAAUAGGCAGUUACGAUUGCACAUGCAGAGAAGGCUACAUCGGCGAUGGAAGAACUUGCAUUGCUUGUAACGCAAGUAUGGGAAUUCGUCUUGUUCAUGGUAAUGAAACGUCUGGCCUGGUUGAAGUACAUCGCAAUAAUUGUGAAUGGAGAUCAGUAUGUGAUGAUUUUUGGACCGAUCAUGAUGCAAAGGUAGCCUGUGGACAACUGGGAUUCUUGCCUUAUGAUACGGAUGAUGUUGAGAUACGGCUGGUUGAAAACACAACUCUUUAUUCUGGAAUUAUUGAACUAAGAAUAAGAGAUGAAUGGAGAUCAGUAUGUCAUGAUAAAUGGACUGACGAAGACGCUCAAGUGGCAUGUAGAUCAUUGGAACUUCCGUCUAGUGCCCCAGUGCAUUCUAAUUUUUUGCAGGUGCUAAAAAAGAAAUCAGAUGGAAAGUUUGAGCCAGGUGAAGAAGUUAAAUACUGGAUAUCGAAGGUGAAUUGUCAGGGUAACGAAGAGUCCUUGCUUGCCUGCCUACAUAGUGGAAUAGGAAACCAUAACUGUGGUAAAGACGAGAGAGCUAAAGUUAUUUGCAAAGAUAUUGAAGAUCGCAAACGCAGAGAAGAUAUUGAAGAUCGCCAAUCCAGAGAAGCACCAGACCCACCUUGUGAAGAGCGGGAGACAAGGGUGCUCAGAAAUGUGUCCCAAUCUUGGAAAGAGGGUGAGGGUUUGGUGCAGAUUUGUUGGAUGGGUCAGUGGAGGUUUGUCUGUGACGAUGGAUGGGAUAUUAAUGCUGCAAGAGUUUUCUGCAGGGAACAUUACUUGCUUACUGAAGGUAAAAAAUAAUCCAAUGUGGUUGUUAGCUAAUAAUUUUAACCAUUGGUACGCAUGUACUGUUUGUCUCUGAGUGUGUGCUGUAUGUUGUCAAACACGAUGUAUAUAUAGGUUACACUAUGCCCACGAGACGGUUUAGUGGACAUACACUACGCACGAGUAGCUGACUCAGC